UGAUGAUGUUCAUGACCUAAUGGAUGAUAUUCAGGAACAACAAGAAUUAGCAGAUGAAAUCUCAACUGCAAUCUCACAACCAACAGGAUUUGGUCAAGAUAUUGAUGAUGAUGACUUAUUGGCUGAAUUGGAAGAACUUGAACAAGAGGAGUUAGAUGAAAAAUUAUUGGAUGUUGGUCCGUCACCUGUGGAUAACCUUCCAAGUGUUCCAUCAGAAGCAUUACCGAAAGCCAAAGUUAAACCUGUGGAGGAAGAUGAAGAUAUGAAAGAGUUGGCAGCCUGGGCGAAUUAACCCUGGUCACAAUAACACUGAACAAUGUAACCAUUUGCAUUGUUAUACCAGACACAGUAACAUAGUAGCCUCCAUAUUUACCAAAUGCUCUGAUGUCGCAAAAUUGUUACCCAAUGCCUUUUUGAUUUAAUCCCUUGUAAAUGAUACCUUUCAGUUGUAUAAAUACUGCUACCAGGUAAUAUAUAUGAAGUACAUGUAUACUACUGUAUUUAUAGGAUUCCUGGUGAUUUUUUGAUUUGCUUUAUACUGUGGCAUCAAUAAUGAUAUUAGAAUAUGUAAAGUUUAUAUUGCAAAUAAAUCUAUUGUAUUGGUAAAGGGGCAACUCUAAGCUGCAAAGCUAUAUAUACCAACAUAAUGCUUGACUUAUAUUUUGAAAACACAUAAGCGGUCUUACUCGUUUCCAUUUUGGGGACUUGAAGAUAAAAUAACGGCAUUGUUCAUCAUUGUUGUUAUUAAAUACAGAUGCAUAUGUAAUUAAUAUUAACUGUUAAUAUUAUAUAAAAAUAAUGUAUGUGCAACUUUGCUACAGCAGAUUGCAUUGUGAACAAAUACUUUAGGAAUUUUGGAUUCAUUGUUAAAUUAAUUUGGCAAAUGAUUGAAAUGAUUAUUAAAAUGUUCUCUGAUUUUGUGCUCUUCUUGAUCCUUACAUUUGUCUCCUGAAAUUCCAGCAUUUUGCAAUACCACUAUUUAGUGAAACAAGAAUAUGGUUACUUCUUGGAAA